GAAAGCUAGUUUCGUGCGAUCGAUCGAGCGAUGGCGGAGGACGGCGACUACACGGCGGCACUGCGCGGCAGCAACAGCGAUCAGUGGCAAGCAUUGAAGCCUCCAGCUCCAGCGGCGCCUAGGUUUGGCGGCAAUCCAGGAGCUGGUGGAUCAUCUUCUUCUUCCGACGGUGCGUGCUACCGCUGCGGGCAAGCUGGCCACUGGUCCCGCGAUUGCUCGAUGCGCCCGGCGGGAAAUGCAAGUGGAAUCCAGCCUCCUCCCGCGAUGAAUCUCUCCUCCAAGUCUUGCCCUUGUGGAGCUGGGAUGUGCGUUCUUCGCACGUCCAAUACUGCGAAAAAUCCCGGCCGCCAGUUUCUCACUUGUCCAGCUCCACAGGGCGCGAAGUGCAGCUUCUUCGAGUGGUGCGAUGCCGCAGGAGCACCCUCUACGAAUCAGCCACCGCAGGCACAGCAGCCCGGCGAGCCCGAGUUGAAAUGCCGCAACUGUAACCAACCUUGCGUGGUAUUCACAGCCAGGACCGAGAAGAACUCCGGCCGCCGGUUCUACAAAUGCAAAAAAGAGGACUGCCACUUUUUCAAGUGGUGUGACGAAGCGUUCGCUCCCUCCUCGUCCCCCGGCUAUAAGCCUCCUGCUGGCUAUGGAGGCGCGAACUACACUGGAGCAGGAUAUGGAGGUGCUUCUCCCGGCUAUGUGAACCCAGGAGUAUAUGGAGGCCAUGAAAACGUUUCCUCCGGCUAUGGCGGUCCAGGCUUUGGAGGGCCAAACAACACCGAAGGAGGAUAUGGCGGUCAUGGCUACGGUGGCUCUGGGCCAACAUACUCGGGAGGAUACGGGGCCCGUGGAAACGCCUCUUCCGGCUAUGCACGCUCAGGCGAUGGACACCCGAGCGCCAGUUAUGGUCGUGGAUACGGAGACUAUGGAAACGCGUAGCUUGCUGAAGCGAUCUAGAGAUAUGGAUUGAGAGAGGAUAGUAGAGAGAAGAAUGCUCGUCGAAAGUUUAAAGGUUUGCUGUUAAUAUUUUGCCCCGGUUUUAAUGUAUCGCAUUUUGGUUCUAUC